UCUUAUACGUGUCGCUAGUAUUGCUCCGGAGCGUGUGCUCCGUAUCUGGUAGUUUUUAAAGACCCUAGAUCUGCGCAGUUGUCUGGGGUACUUUGUUACUCCAGUUGGAGAAAUCAACCAUUUAACCGUUUAACGGUGAACAUACCAAGAAAAUCACUAUUCAAGCUUAGAAUGGCGUAUGGACUAUCUUGAGUCGGUCCUUUGAGCCACAUAUGCACCAAACCAAACCUUUUGUCAAUUUUCAAAUUUUGACUGAUCUCUUCAACAAUGCCACAAGAAUUAAAUGUUUUGUGUUGUUAUUCUUGUAAAAUGUUUCAAGUACACAUAGUCAAAAAAGCACGCAAAUGGCAGUGCAAAGUGUGCAAUGCGAAACAAUCUAUACAACAGGUAUAUUUUCAAGGAUCUGGCCAACAAUGUCGUCUUUCUGUCCAGAAAUUGAAUGCAGCAAAAGCAAAUUUUUCAUUAUUUUCUACAACUUCUAAUCAAAAUGAUAGUGGCAGUGAUAGUUGUGAUGUACACACAAGCAUUCCUGAAGUGUCAGAUACAGCAACAUCGUUAAACAGACCGAUAUUCGAUGGAAUAAUGCGAAUUUCAAUGACGAUGCUUGAGAAUACGGAUCGAAUCGAAGGUUCGAGUUGUUGCCGCUGGCGAUCGAUCGUAUCGUAGCGCAGGUGCGACGACGACGGUUCGUUGGUCGACCGUUUUGGUCGUGCGAAGCGAAGAACAUCUCCCUCGUUUCUGCGAGCCGUCAAGAUUUGCUGGCCGACGAGGUGGCUGAGAGAACGGGUGCCCGUAGCAAACAAUUGCGGUCGGCGCGGGGCGAACUCGCUUGGCGGGAUCGUAGCUCGGGAAUUCCGCGAGAUUGCAUUGCCAUAUUCGUUCUUCGGCGCGGCCGAAUACGCGCGCGAGUAGUGUCGUCGUCGUCCCACACGAUCGACGUGCGCGCAAUUACGAGCGCGGAAUGAAAAUCACCCGGAGGCGCAACGUCGUCGUUGAGGACGAGAAGACGAGAGAGCGAAUUAAUCGAGAUUCUAAUUGCAAGAAUGCAAUUGCGGCCGGCGCCGCGCGCGUCCGUACGUAAAUAAGGAAACCUCGCGCGCUGACUCGACGGUUAACGAUACCGACGACGAUCAAGUGUCGUUGGCAGCCGCCGUUACGACGGCACAUUGAUUUACGCGCGACAUAAAGGUAGUUGAGAGAAGAAAAAAAGAAAGGUCUCGACCUAUUCUAAUUGAAAAUCCCUGCCUAAAGUAGCUCGCACUGCCUUACGUAAUGAGGAUUUAUCGUUGACCGUACUUGACUCCAGUUGACGCACCGAGCGCAUCGUGCUGGCAGGAAGGUAAAUAGAAACCUCACUUCAAUUGAACGUGUCUCGAUUAUCCUGAUUGCGUUUAUGUGGCCAAAGGUCGAGUUAUGUACGUUACAAUGCAGCGGACAAUGCAGCGCCUGUUCUCUUCGUAUACCUCGCGCGUCAGAG